UUUCGUCUCCGCUUGGGCUGCCGCCCCAGCUGUGUUAUGGAACUCAGCGCCGAAUACAUUCCAGAGAAGCUGCAGCGGGACCUGGAGGCCGAGCACGUGGAGGUGGAGGACACAACCCCUAACCGUUGCGCGUCCAGCUUCCGAGUCCUGGUGGUAUCCUCCAAGUUCGAGGGGAAGCCGCUGCUUCAGAGACACAGUCUGGUGAACGCAUGCCUAGAGGAAGAGCUCCCACGCAUCCAUGCUUUUGAGCAGAAAACUCUGACCCAAGAGCAGUGGGCCCAUAAGCAGCAGAAAUGAGGGACCAGGACCUGUACAGCCAUUAAAUUAUUAAAUCAGG